AUGGAAAUCGAGGAAGAACGCAGAAGAUUCUAUGAUACUAAGACAUUCGUCUACUGGGACAUAGAGGAUUACCCUCUCCCUGAGGGUUACACGGUUGAUUCGUUUUAUGAAAAUGUCAAAUCAUCUAUCAAGAACCAAGGUUAUGGUGACGUUCGAAUCCUAGCUUAUGGAGAUAGAAAACAUUCUUCUCGUUCAGUGCAUGUUGAGUCUCUACAUCCCAAAAUCCCACUGUUUCGACUAGGAUGUAGAUAUGGGAGACAUACUAACAUAUUACUGAGCAUGCUUUCAAAUGCACGUAUGGAUGUUCUUCGCCCGAGGACUAAACUAAAUUUCAUGUUGAUUAUAAAAGACAUGCCUGAGGAAGACGAGACGGAGGUUGUAAGCAUUGUUCGGUUUUUGAGAAGGAGACAUUACGAUGUUUUCUUAGUAGUGGCUGAUGAAGACGACCACGACCAAUCAGAGGUCCCGUUAUGGCGUUGGAAAAGCCUAUUAAAUGGAGGAGGACCUAUAAGCCCUGUCACAAGUGAAGAGGAUGACGAUGAUACUAGUGACGACGAGGGAAGGUCGCGUAAACGUUACAAGGGUAAUUGA